AUGACAGAGAGUCACCAAAAGAAAAUUGAAGAGUAUUAUCAUAUUCUCAGGCUUGGUGAUGAUGAUGGUGAUGAUAAUCAAUCAAGGAAUACAACAAUUGUAACAAACAAACUAAUUGAAUUAAUAACAGGCAAUACAACAAAGAAUUCAUUGUCGGUUGAUUCAUUACUAGAUGUUGCAUCGUGGUUGUGUACACAAGGUGAAUUGAAAUCAUUUAAUGACCUCAAGACAAAGUAUGCCAAUUGCUCGACAAAGUCAAUGUGCAGUAAUGUGUGGAAGAGUGAUACCUAUAUUUACAAGUGUAUCGAUUGUCAAUUUGACGAAAACUGUGCACUCUGCGUCGAAUGCUUCCAACCCUCUAAACAUGUUGGACAUCGGUACCGACUGUUACCAUCGUUUAGAGGCUGCUGCGAUUGUGGUGAUAUAUCUGCUUGGAAGCGAGAGGGAUGGUGUGACUUUCACGGGCAGUCUCGUGUCAUUGGACAACUCCCAAUUAGUCUUCAUCAAACCAUCAAACUCUACUCAUCUGCCAUUGUACAAUUAAUUCAUCGUUCACUUUCUCCUCAAAAACAUCAUCAACAAAGUAGUAAUAAUAAUAAUAAUAAUAAUAAUGUAAAUUCUCCACCACCACCUCCUCCACCUCAACCACCACUCUCCCCAUCUUCCCCAUUUGUUUCAUCUAUGGAUGAAUCUAUGCAAGGACAACAACAACAACAAGAUACCAUUCAAAUGUAUAAAAUCAAUUAUCAGUAUAUCGAACCAUUGAUGAAACUUGUCAAGUCUAUGAACCAAUUAAUCGAUUUGUUAGGUGACAAUGUAGCACUAAUCUGUGCAUCAUCCUUUACCGACAACAACGAUAUUACAAAUGAUAAGGACAAUCACAAACAUAUCUAUUUAUCAACGUUUUAUCUAUUAGCCGAAUCAAAAGAGGAAAUCGAACCAUUGGAAAGAUUUGUCAUCUCAUUGUUUGUCUCGAAUGACUAUCGCGAUCAACUUUCCAUCCAUCUUUCACAAAACUAUGAUAUUGUCCGUCACUAUGACACCGAAGGAAACAUCUCCAAACCAUUUUCCCUAACUGUCCAACUCUUUACAGUUGAUUCAAUUGCUUUAAAAAUUGUUUCAACCCAAAAUUUUAUUCACAUUGUAAAUAAUUUUAAUGCAGUUAUUAAAAAUGCUCAAAAUAAGAAUACUGGUCAAUUAAUUGUAAAUAGUCCUGUUAUUAAAGAUAAACAUUAUUUUAGAACUCUUGUUGAUAUAUGUUAUAUUUUAAGAAAUAAAUCAAGUUUCUUAUGGUUGAUGGAAAAUCCAGAACAAUUAUUUGAAACUUUUAAACCAUUGACUUUGGCUCAAGAAAUUUAUUCGCAAUCUAGAAUUGCAACAGUCCACAUUGAACAAGAAGAUGAUUUUUGGCAUUAUGCAUUUAAUUUUGAAUUUUAUCUUAGAAAAUAUUUAUUGGAUCCAGUUCAAAAUUUGAUAUUGACCAUGUCAUCCAACAAUAGUGAUCUAAUCAAAGAAUCACAAAUACUAAACUUAAAGAAUCACUUUUUGGAAGAGAUUGAAAAUUUCUACAAUUGUACAGGUCAUCGUCUUUCAAAAAUUGCUUGGAAACGUGGUCUUCGAGAUAAUCGCGUUCCAGAUUUUAGAGUAAACAAACAACCCGUAUCUAUUCAUUUACCACUACAUCGAUCUUUAAUUGAAUUUAUUUAUGAUUUAAUAUUAAUAUUUAAAAAACAACCAAAACAAUGUUUAUUUAAUAGUAAAGGAAAUUAUGUUGAACCAUCUUUUAUUGUUGAUCCAAUUAUAAGAUUGUAUGUAUUCCUUUCACAGGUAAAGAGUGGGUCUUGGGUGAGAAAUGGUACAUCGGUUCUAUACCAGAGCCAUUUGUAUCUCAGACACGAUGAAUUCUGUCAACCUGAUUUCUAUCUCUUGCAAUUCUGUUUGUUGUGUAUGGAGACUGAACAAAUCUAUGCACAGCUUUUAGAUAGAUCCGAAUUGACGACGUGGUUUGUGUUGGAUGGUACCAUUGUCACACCAGCAUCUCCAGUAUCAUCGCCAUCCACCUCACCACAACCAACCUCUAUUCUAUCACCACACGGAUUAUUCAGUAGUCCAAGUGCAGCUCUAUCAUCAUUGCUUCCUGGAUUCUUAAGAUCUUCGACAAAUGGUGGAAAUACGAAUGGACCACCCAGACCACCCCAACCACAGACAACGACCGUUCCACCUGUACCGGUUCACCAAUCAAAUGCAGACAAGAACAAUUUGGUCAUGGCAGAGGAUCUAGUGGCACUCAUUAUCUCUUUGGUAUCAGAUCGUUCAAAAUUGGCUGGAUUUACAACCGAACAGAUUAUACGUAGAGAUUUGAUUCAUAUCUUGGCUAUUGGCAACUCGACACACAGCGAUCUCGUAGAAAGACACCAUGACACGAUCAACAGUCAUCCUGGAUUUGACCGUGUACUUGAAUCGGUUGCCAUCUACCACAAUGCAACCGUUCAUGAAAAGGGUAAAUACCAACUCAGAGAUGAAUGUUGGGAAGAGUGGGAUGCCUACUAUCCACUCUACUCGCGUGUCGAAUUACAAAAAGCAGAAGAAAACUAUAGUCGUUAUUUCAAAAAUCAUAAAAAGACAGGACAAUCAUCAUCGUCAUCAUCAUACCACAGACCAAUUCAUCCACUUGUUCCUGCUAUCCCCAUUUUAUCGGGUAUUGAAAAGAUAUUGCACUGUGAUAUCCUUCACUCUAUCAUCUUUACCAUUCUCUAUAAUAGUCUUAGUGGAUCACCACGUACAUCUGAAGCACUCGUCACAAAUACUCUUCAUCUUAUAUCAUUGGUUUUAAAUCAUUCAAAUAAUAAUAAUCUAAAAAAUAAUAAUAUUAAUAAUAAUAAUAAUAAUAAUAACAGUAACAGCCACCAACAACCAUCAGUACCAAAGUAUGAAACAAUUGAUUUUGGGUUUCAUCCAAAAGACUUUGUUGCCAAUAUGUUCCAUCCCAUUAAACAAUCUGGCUACUUUAUGAUUGGUUCUGCAUCGAUAUCUCAUACAAUCUAUUCGCUUCUCAACACCAUGUUGACAUCUUCAUCAAACCUAGAACAACACACUGGCGCGAUUGAAUUGAUUCUUGGACAUCCUUUGGUAGAACAAGCAAAACCUUUUUAUUUGGCCAAUGAUAUGGCUGGUAGCUCUGGAAGCAGUAAUAGUGGGUUGGCGACUAGUCUUGGCAACUCUCAGGGAUUGUCAAAGUCUCCUGAAUUUGGAUCUCUUCAAAAAGAAUUUGCCAGAAAGAAACAAUUAGAAAUUAUGAAAAAGUUUAGUGAACAACAAAGAUCAUUCCUCAAACAUAGUACUGAAAAGACAAAACAAAAAGAAAAGGAAAAGGAAAAGGAAAAAGAUCAUUCUGAAUUAUUGGUAUUUGGUGAUAUCGAUGAAGAUGACGAGGAAAUACCAAAAUCAUCAUCAUCAAGUGAUAUAGAUAUGGAUGAAGAUGAAGAUUUGAAUAUAUUUGGGUCUUGUUCAAUGUGUAAAGAAGAGAUGAAUCCUACCAAAGAACCUUUUGGUUAUGUUAGUUAUAUUCAAAAGAAUCAAAUCCUAUCCUUUCUACCUUUGGAAAAUAGUUCAAAUCUUGGGUCGGCAAUUGAACAAGUGGCAAUGGAUUAUAUGGAAUUGUUUAAAGAUAUCAAUAGAGUCAAGAGUUCAUUUAUCAACUUUUGUUCUCAUUUGAUGCAUCUUGAAUGUCAUAAAAAACUACUCAAAUCACAAUCCUCUCAUCAUCGAGCUGGAGCUGCCGAACACUCUCCACUUGACUCUUUCCAUUGUCCUUGUUGUAGACGAAUCUCAAAUACUAUUAUUCCAUUCUCUGAUUGUCCAAUUUAUUCUCAUCGCAACAACAAUCAAAUAUCUCCUUCAACUUUACCUUUUAUUGAUUGGGCAAUUAGUCAAACAAAUCAACAAUUCCCAAUUCAUACAGCAUCAUUAUAUACACCUGGUAUCAUACUACAAGAACUUAUUGGUAAUCAAGAUUCACCUUAUAAACUUCAUUUAUUAUGGAAUAUUAUAAUAUCAACUAUAACAAUAACAGAAAUAUCAAAAAGAGGAUCAAAUAUAUUAGAUUCUAUUACACACCAUUUUAAAUCAAGUUUACAGAAUCUUGUUAAAUUGGUUGUAUCUAAAAGUUUGGUGAAUCAAGGACAAAGAACAAGUGAAAUGAAUUCAAUGUUGAAUAGAAUAUUUAAUAAUAAUAAUAUUCAACAAGACAAUAAUAAUAAUAAUAAUGGAACUACUGAAAAGGAUCAAAUCAAUAUUCAAUUUUUAAAUAUUGAAAUGUUUGGAUUAUUGGUUAGAAUGUUUAUUUGUACAGAAUCUUUACCUAUUCAUCAAAGAUUAUCAUUCUCUUUUAUUGUUCAACUAUUAUUUAUUUCAACUAUUAUUCAAUCAAUUAUUGUUUUAAAACAAAAGAAUAUAUUAAAAGGAACAAUUUUAGAAGAGAUUAAAAAUAUAUCAAAUGGAGAAAUGAAUCAAGAGAUUAAAAGUUUAUGUUUACCAUUCCUUAGACGAACAGGAAUAUUAUUAUCGGUUUUGGAUUAUCCAAACACUUCCAAUAGAAUAGACUAUAGUACAAAUGAUGGUAUCGAUAAUGAAUAUCAAUAUCUUUUAAAAUAUCUUGGAUUGUCAAAUGAAUCUCUCAUGGAAACUCUAAAUAAUAAUCAAAUCGUUUCAAAUUUGAUUAUUAAAACUUGGAUUGACAAUACUACGACUACUACUAUCAAAGAAGACAACAAUAACAAUAAUCAACAAGUUGUUACUACUACCUCGACCAUAUAUCCGCCACUUAGAGGUUACAAAAAGUUUGAAUUUGUUAAUCUUCCUAGAGAAUAUAUUCCAUUCUUUUUAGAAAUGAACAAAAAGGAAUGUGAUGAAUGUCACAAUGCAACCAAAAAGGAACUCCGUAAUCGAAUCAUAUGUAUGUUUUGUCGAAAGAUAAUGUGCUCUUAUACAGAGUACAUUGAUCACUAUGCAUCAUGUUCAGGGAUUGGCGUCAGCUUGUUAUUGUCAGAAUCACUCAUAGUCAUCCUCUUUAAAAACUCUAUCAAAAUAUGGGGUACGGUCUAUCUCGACGAACACGGAGACGAGGACAUUGGACUGCGUAGAGGUAAACCACUCUUUCUCAGCACAGAGAGGUUGGAAAGACUAAAACAGGAUAUUCUAUCACUCUCUAUUCAAAAUUUAACACAAUCCAUUCCAAACCAUAAUAUGUUGUUUGAUCGUUAA